AUGGAGGCGGCCACAGAGCGCCAUUUCUUCUAUCAUGGCGCCACACAGUCGACAAGCAAGUCGUCUGCACGGGCCCUCGAGCGGGAAAAGGAAAACUGCCACUGGUGCCAGAUCCGCCGAUUCCCCAAUAGCAAGGAAGCCCCGAUCACGAUCGUCAAUGAGGAAGACGACGCCGUCAUACCCUCCACCUUCCGCUUCCUCCAAGAGUCGAAGCUCGGACACGGCGUCGAGGCGGCCGAGGAUAGUUUCCGCUCAGGCUGCGAAUGCCGCGACGAUGAAGAGUGCCAGUACCGAGGCUGUCUGUGCCUCCAGGAACAAGAGGAUGACUCGGACGAUGAGGGCACCGCUAGGAAGAAAGUGUACAUGUACCACAUGCACGGCUCCAAGGCGGGACUGCUGCGAUCCCAUUUCCUGAAGCAUUCCAAGAGGCCGAUCUACGAAUGCCACGAGGGCUGCGCUUGCACCGACAACUGCUCGAACCGCGUCGUCGAGAGAGGCAGGAAGGUGCCCUUGCAGAUUUUCCGUACCACCCAGAGGGGAUGGGGUGUGCGCUCACUUGUGGACAUCAAGAGAGGGCAGUUUGUGGACAGGUACAUUGGCGAGAUCCUGACGCCAGAGGAAGCCCAGCGCCGCCGUAAAGAGUCGAGCAUUUCACAACGCAAAGACGUGUACCUCUUCGCCCUCGACAAGUUCACCGACCCCGACUCUCCGGAUCCCCGACUACAGGGCCCGCCGCUCGAGAUCGAUGGCGAGUUCAUGUCGGGGCCGACGCGGUUCAUCAAUCAUUCGUGCGAGCCGAACCUCCGCAUCUUUGCCCGUGUGGGCGACCACGCAGACAAGCACAUGCACGAUAUCGGCCUCUUCGCUCUCAGAGAUAUUCCUGCUGGAGAAGAAUUGACGUUCGACUAUGUUGACGGCGUAUCCGACGAAGAUAACGACGCGAAGGAUAAGUCCAAGCAGGGCGACAUGACGCCGUGCCUCUGUGGCAGCAAGAACUGCCGUGGAUUCUUGUGGUAG